GUAACAUGAGAGACCCUUAUAGAACUACAAGAAAACAAGGUAAGAAUAUACAGAAAUAAAGAGAAAGAAAUGCUAAUGUAGAGUAGAUGAUUCAGCUAAAUAUGAACAUGACGACUUUAAUUCAAGAUCACCAUCAGAAAGCAGCAUGACUCGUUUAUCAACCGCACCUAAGCCUGUAUACCAAGAAGACUAUGACUAUUAUCAACAACAGGAUCCAUAUGCACCCAACAGACAAAAGAAGAAGAAGAAAAAGACUAAUAUGGAACACUAUUAUGAUUCAGAAAAGAGAGCCAAUUCAUAUCUACCUUAUUCACAUCAUAAAAGAGAUCCUUAUGACCCUGUUGAGCCCAUCUAUCUUGAUGAAGAAUUACCCAGUUUCAAUUCACCCGGACAUCGUGGACCGGUAGGAUCUAUCCUUCAGGAUAAUAUUGCUAUGGAAAUGGUCGAACAAGAUGAUUUGCAUAACAGCACUCCACACAAAAAUAUCAAUUCUACCAUUCAACCCUUGACACCGACCAAGAAAAAACGGUGGUGGACACGGCUUGGUAUCAGUGGUCGAAAGCUUGUGUUUAUUGCCUUUGCAUUCGUUGUAGUCAUCGUUAUCGUUUGGUAUUUUGUGUGGCCAAGGACACCGACGUUACAAUAUCAGGGCGCAGCUUAUGAUGGACCAAAGCAAAAUACGACUGAUAAUACGAUAAUAGCCAAUUGGAAAGUAAACUUUACAGUUCUCAAUAAUGACAACUGGAUUCCAACCAACAUUGAAAAUUUUGCAGUCACUGUGAUAGAUGCGAGUACGGGUGUACAGUUUGGUCAUGGCAAUUCAGGUCACUUGAUGCUAAGCCCAAGGUCUAUUGAUCAAGUUAUUACGAUACCCAUACAGAUCAACUAUACAUCAAGUGGACCUAAUGAUAAUACAUUCCAAGACUUGUAUAGUGCUUGUGUCGUCAAGGUAUCUGAUCCCAAUUCGACUAACCAAUCCCUUAAUAUCAAAUUCCGCAUUGUCUAUUAUAUUGCAGGAAUCGUUUGGCACACAAUUGCCACAGUAGCACCUACAACCAAUUACUUUCAAUGUCCUAAUGCUAAUUAAUACAUUUAUAAUACCCCCCCCCUUCUUCUCUC